CUUUUUUUAUUUCAUCACUUUCAAUCAUAUAUAUUUAAUAUAUAUUGAAUAAAAACAAAGCUCCUCCAAAACGUUUUACUUAACUUUUGAUUAUUAUAUAUAACAUAUUAAUACAUCACUAAACUUUCGCAACCAUGACAAGAACUGAUAAAAAGAACAAAAAGAUUGUUCAACCUUUAGAUUUAGACAACUGUCAAGCUUUAGAACAUUUACAACCUAAACCAAAGUCAAGAUCUUCAUCUAUUAUAUCUAUCGAAUCCGAAGAUACUCAUGAAAUUAAAACCUUAUUAAUGCCUCCACCAAAGCGUGAAUUUGAUGAUUUAAUUGCUUUUGAAUCAUUCAUUAGAGAUGAAACUUGGGAUAAUGAAUUUGAUUAUUUCCAUGGCCAUUUACAAUACUAUCCACCAUUCGUUUUAAAGGAAUGUCGUGAGAAUUUAGAUAAAAUCAAACCAACCAUGAACAAAAACAACAAGAGAUUUAAGAGACAUUUACAACACCACAUUAAUAAACAUUUAAUUAAAGACAUUGAAAAAUGUUGUGGUUAUAAAUUAAACUUGGAAAAGGCUGAAAUCACCGAAACUCCAAAUAAAGUCACUUGGAAGUUUAAAGAUUUAUCCGAUCAUGGAUUUGAAAAAGAAGAAGAAGAUCUAUAUGAUAGACAUUGGAAAUUAGAAUUGGAAAUUAGUUGUAAUAACGAAAAUGCAAUGGUUGAAGUUGACUAUAAGUCACUUCCAUUAGACACUGAAUUAGCUGUCUAAUAUACCCACCCCUAAUCUAUUCUUGUAUAAAUAACACCGUACCAUUUAUUAUCUUUAUUUGAUAUGAAGGUUUAUUUUCAGUUAUACAACUAUUUCUCUCACUAUUUCCAAUGAAGGUCUCCUUGUUUACUUUUCUUAUAGACUUCAUUAGAUACUUUCUCUUCUCCUAAUCUUUUAUGAUAAUUAUGAAUUAUGAAAUAUACGAUAUUACGACGUUUACGUACUAAAAUUUUAAAAU